UUCCAAGCCGUCGAUGCAUUAUCACACAAUUUCGAGUCCUGUCAAGUCCCUCUUCAAGUCUGUCUCCGUUUUCCUGUCUCUGAAAUUUUCAUUCAUCACCCACAACCCUCUGGUCCAUCUUCCUUUCCUUUAUACCGCCUGAUUCUCUUUUCCGCAAACCCUCUGAUCUCUCCCGCCUCAUUGGUCACGAUCUAUUCAUCCACGAUACUCAAUCUCUAUCCAUAAAAUACCGCACAUGCAAUACAUUGACUCAACACCGUCGUAUCCCCCUUCAAAUUUUCAAACAUAUCCACAAAUAAAAACUAUUUCUCAAACCAUUUGUCCUCGCUCACCUUGAAUCUACUAUGAUCACACCUCCCCUUAACACUUGCAACAUCCUACAUCCUUCUUGCCUGCAAUCCUAUGUCACCACACUUACAUACUUUCAAUCUGUCUCCUCAUCACUAGUUUUCAGACCUGCACCUCUCACUAUUUCUGGUUAUAAAGCCUUACUUCCCCAACACAUUCCUACACCCACCUCACCUUUUGACAUUGUCCCUAAUUGGAAAGCCUUUUGGUCACUUCAAAUCACACAUCGCUCCCGCAACAUCUGGUUCCGCUUCCUACACAAAAACAUCAACACUCGCUUCUACCUACACCAAAAAUUACCGAAGCUCAUCACUAGCCCUCAAUGCAUUCACUGUCCUUACUUCCGUCGCAACACCAUUGACACACUUGACCAUUUCAACUUUCUUUGUCCAGUCAAAUACAAAAUCUGGUGUCACAUCCUCUCCACAUAUAUCGUUCCUUCUCUUACCGCUCCUUCAAUUCACCUCUUACGACAACUCCUCAAUCUCCGUACCACCAUCAGUCGCUCCAGUCAUUCUGCAUUCCCAGCCCUAUUCACACAACAAAUCUGCGCUAGCACAUUGGAAGGUCUAUGGUCCAG